AUGUCCACACCAAAGGAGAAAUCUAAGGUUAGAGUGCGCAAUUUCUUCGGUCGUAUAUUUUCGCCUGGUACGAGUAGUGAGAAGGAUAAAGGGGAUUCAAGUGACGAUUCGAAACCUUCAUCUAGCCUUGACAUUAGCCAGCCCUACAAUACCGUCCAUCGAAUACAUGUUGGCUACGAUGGACAGAAAUUCAGUGGACUGCCGGACACGUGGAUGGAUUCAUUGCUUCGGGAUAUCAGUGAAGCUGAUCAGAAGAAAAAUCCCAAUGCAGUCGUAACAGCGUUGCGGUUCUAUGCCGCUUCCAUGAAGGAAAAAGAGAAGGCGAAGUUCAUGACCACAACCAGUGUGUACAAUCCUAGUGAUGAAGACUGUGAUGAUGUUGAAAUUCAAUUAAAUGGCCAAGUUACUGGACAUCAUACGCUUGCUCCUACACCUUCAGGUAUCAAUGGAACCAUAUCGAAUUCUGGAUCGAAACCUACUGGACUAAGCUUGUCCUCCACCGAUGAUUCCAUGGCGGAUCGUAGUGUUCCUUCUCCUGCUCCAUCGUUCAAUAGUACACGAGACUGCGCAACAGAAAUUGCUCGGAUUCCUCCACAUCAGCAGAGGAAGCACAGUGCAACAGAAAACGAGCCUCCACCAGUUCCACCACCACCUAUCCAUCCGCGGACGACUGCUCGAAGAGAUGCACCACCUCCUCCUCCACCUCCUCAACGUGCAAAGAAA